AUGGCUAGAGAAACGCCCUUUUCAACGGUGGUAUUACUUGUCCAGAAGAGUGCUGAUGAUGAUGCAAUGCAAAGUGUGUUGGGUGGAGGUUUCUUAUGCAAUUUGGGAGUCCUCGACUCUUCAGGAGGAUAUGUCAUUCACUUGAGAGCUCUGGAAGUGCGGGAAUUCCUUGGGUAUGCUGGAAUGGGUUUAAUGGAGGCGAGCCCAUACGCUGCAAGUCCUGAUGCUGGUGUCGCUCUGCUCAACACAAACAUCUGUACUGCUAUGAGUCUUCUUGUGUGGAAAAUGCUUGACUACAUCUUCUUCAAGAAACCAUCCGUUAUUGGUGCUAUCCAGGGUGAGAUAACUGGGCUUGUCGCUAUUACCCCCGCGGCUGGUCUCGUUACUGGCUGGGGCGCCAUUAUCAUUGGCGCAUGUUCCGGAUCCAUCCCAUGGAUUUCCAUGAAUUUUCUUGGGAGACAGAAAUGGAUGAAGCAUGUAGACGACGUUAUGGGUGUAAUUCACACGCACACGGUUGCAGGAUUUCUUGGUGGAUUUUUGACUGGAAUAUUCGCGACUGCUGACGGUUGCGCACCAUUUGGCCUGACGACUCCUGGUGGUGCAAUUGAUGGAAAUGGCAGACAAGUCUGGGUGCAGAUUGUCGGCGGACUUUUCAUCAUUGGUCUUGAUUGUGUUUAUGACUAG